CAUAUUAAUAAGCUUUUUUAGAUUAUUAAAAACGAAGCGAGCUAGGAGAUAAAAGCUAAUGGAUUUCUCUUCAGAAAGAAGAUCGCGUUGUCUUCCACCUUCCUACGGACAACAUGUGACGAUCCUUAGUAUCGAUGGUGGUGGCGUCCGUGGGAUCAUUCCCGGCAUUAUCUUAGCUUACCUCGAAUCACAACUCCAGGAAUUGGAUGGUGAGGAGGCAAGACUUGUGGACUACUUCGAUGUCAUCUCCGGGACGAGCACCGGAGGUUUGAUAGUGGCGAUGUUAACCGCACCGGAAAAAGACGUCAAAGCAAGCCGUAACCCCAACCGCCCUUUGUUUGCGGCCAAAGAAAUCGUCCCUUUUUAUCGCAAACAUUGCCCUAAAAUCUUCCCACAACCGCGAGGAGCGUUUGCGUGGGCUCAAAUUCUGGUGAGACUUGUACGAGGACCAAAGUACAAUGGGAAAUACCUAAGACAAGUAAUCGAAGAUUUCUUGGGAGACACGAGAUUGACUCAAACUUUGACAAACGUUGUCAUACCUUGCUUCGACAUCAAGAAUCUCCAACCAGUUAUCUUCUCUUCUUACCAGGCGGUGAACCGUCGAGUUACUGACGCUAAAAUAUCAGAUAUAUGCUUAAGCACAUCAGCGGCACCAACUUAUUUACCGGCUCAUCGAUUCACUAACGAAGACAAUGAAGGAAAUAAACAUGAAUAUAACCUCAUUGACGGUGGUAUCGCUGCCAAUAAUCCGACAUUGUGUGCGAUUACUGAAGUGACAAAGCAGAUAGUGAAGAAGAAUCCAGCGAUGGGAGACAUGAGCCCAUUGGAUUACACGAGGGUUGUGGUGGUAUCGCUUGGGACAGGUUCGAUAAGAAAUGAAGAGAAGUAUGAUGCGAUAAUGGCGUCAAAAUGGGGACUGGUGAGUUGGAUCUGUGCAGAUGGUUCGAGUCCACUUAUUGAUUGUUACAAUGAAGCCAUCCAAGACAUUGUUGAUUACCAAAGCUGUGUCGUUUUUCAAGCUCUUCGUUCCGAGACUAAUUAUUUACGUAUUGAUGAUGAUACGUUGAAGGGUGACAUAGGUUCGGUGGACAUAUCGACAGAAAAAAACAUGGAAGGUCUUGUUGAAGUUGGUAAAGCUUUAUUGAAGAAAAAUGUAUCUCGUGUCAAUCUCGAAACUGGCCAUUACGAACCCAUCCCUGAUCAAGUUACCAACGAAGAAGCGCUCAAAAGGGUUGCAAAGAUUCUGUCAGACGAAAAGAAACUCAGAGAGUCAACAUAUCUUAAUCUCAAGACCUGA